AUGCCCAAGAUGCCCGGCGCAUCCAGCAAUGCAAAGAAGCAGACGCUGACCUUGGCGCAAUUGUCAUCUUACGAUGACAUGCUAACAGAUGCCCUUGUUGAUCGGGCCUGGUACUGGACUACAAUCCCCAAGAACCGAACAUCCUACCACCCCUCACGGGGUGUCAAGGAAGACGAGAUAUGUCAAAUCAUCCAGACUCAUCUGAUCGUCAAUUCCAAUGUCGACCUGGCCGAGGAGAAGCUCCUUGCGACAGACGGCCUCAAGAGAUUCUUAAAUGCGCUCAAGACCCCCAAGGAGAAGACCGACUUCAGGCAACACCUCCGUCGCUACAUGCAGAUCUACCUCCCCGAUUGCCCCUUCGAAGUCAGCAGCACGAACCGAUAUACAGUUACCACCCACGAGGCCUCCAUCGUAGCGCGAGUGCCCAUAAAGCGCAACGAAACCGUUAAAUACCUCUCAGGAAUACAGGUUGUGAUCACGCCGGAGGAGGAGGAGGUCUUGUCCUCCCGGAAGAAGGAUUUCAGCAUUGUCGUGAGCAGCAGGAAUAGGAUGACCAGCCUGUUCAUGGGCCCUGCGCGCUUCGCCAACCAUGAUUGCGGUGCCAACGCCAAGCUCGUUAUUACUGGUCAGGCUGGCAUUGACAUCGUUGCUAUCCGGCGCAUCGAAGUGGGAGAGGAGAUUACUGUCACCUACGGCGAGAACUACUUCGGUGAGGAUAAUUGCGAGUGUUUGUGCCAGACUUGUGAGAACAACCUCGCCAAUGGCUGGAGACAGCCUGACGGCGUUGUGCCAGUCAAGCGGAGCAUCGAAAAUGAUUUGCUGGCCAUACAGGGCUACAACACACGUGGACGACACAGAUAUGGAAGGGGAGACUCGAGCUCUAGGACGCCCUCGGUUAACCCGGACCUCCGACCCAAGGUACCUAAGGGAAAGUUGAAGCAGCUGCGCGCAAGCGACCGAGCCUCUACCACCGACUCGAGCCUGGCUGGAGGACCAGAAGCCUCGUUGAGGCGCAAGCGAGGCAGGGAGAGCCUCGCGACACCUCCUGUCACCCCCGCAAAGAAGCAGAAGACGACUCGAUACGAGAUCAGACCUAUCCCUAGUCUCGUUGCAGAGCGUAGCGGUAGCUCCGAUGCGGAGUCAGGUAGUUCACUCUCAAGGUCAAAUUCCUCGAAUGGAGAAGCCGUGCUCACCGAUGUUACGACCCCCGAAGACACGACUGAACCCGUAGAUGUUCCUUCGGAACCCGCGCAGGUCGCACGGGUUCUAGAGAACCUGAAACAGGAGCAAGAUGCGGGAGAUUUGACCUCAGGCGAUUUGCGGGAGGUCGCGCUGUUCCCAGAACCUGCGAUCAGUCAACCUCCACCGGUGCCGCUACUUCGUACACCUCAACCCCCACCAAGAGCACGCGGCCUGUCCAUCCAUGACAUUCUCAAUACCCCGUCAGAAGCAGCUACUCCCGACGGCCGGACCCCAACCGACCGAUUUGCUGCUGCGUUUGCCAGCCAGACCUCCGCGAAGGCGGGCGAGAGCCAUGGAGCGCCACAGAUCGAGAACCAGCAGCUGGCUGCAACAGAAGGACCCGUGUCACCAUCCCCAAUGAUUGCGCAGGAUCCCGAGGAAGCCGUGGAUUCAGUCGAGACUCUAGCAGCUGCUGGAACCCCAGCAAAGCGCGGCCGUGGACGACCUAGGAAGCACCCGAAGCCCGAUGCCAGUCCCCUACCGGAGAAAUCUGUGGUCGUGCCGCCACCAACCGCCCCAAAUGACGAGUUGGAUGAUCGUGAUUCCCCGGCGCCUUCAAAUGGCCCCGUCACCUACCGGGAACCCGGUGACUACCAGCUCACUCCGCGCCUCCUCGCCGAGCCCGAUAUGGCUUGGGUGCGCUGCUCCAACUGCACUACCGCCUUUGUCCAACAGAACGCCUACUAUACCCGUUCCUCUUGCCCGCGCUGUGAGCGACACUCAAAGCUGUACGGUUACAUCUGGCCGAAGACGCAGCCCGAGGGCCCCUGGGAUAAGGAGGAGCGCGUGCUGGAUCAUCGAACUGUGCAUCGAUUUCUUGCCACCAGUGACGAGCUGGUCGUGCGAGGCAGGUCGACACACACGCAAAGCCAGACCGGCACACCAAGACGAGAUGAGAGCGAGGUGAACAUCAAGCGAGGGCGAGGAAGACCUCCAAAGAGGUCUAGUCUUGCUGGAGAGGGGCGCUCUGAGGCGGCAGAUCAGGAGCGUGGCAGCGCGGACCUCGAUAUCAGGAGGAGCGGAAGGACGCGUAAAGCCAGCUUCAAGGUCGGUAGUUUUUAA